AUGGCUGCGGAGGACAUCAGCUUCCGCCCUCGCGACGACGCGUCGUCCAUCGCCCUCCUGCGCAGCCUCCGCUCCGGAGCCGCCGACUUGAGCUUCGUCCACCGCGCCGACGUCUGCUCCGCCGACCCCACCGACCUCGUCGCCAACCUGGAGCCGGUGCCGGGCACCGAUCUCGACCAAGGCGGCUACAACGCCAUCUGGCUCUUCUACUGCCCCAAGCGGUACAAGAACGCCCAAGGCAAACCCAGCGGCCACAGGCAGCGCGCGAUCGCCGGCGGCGACGCGUGCUGGCACUCGGAGACGCGCCCGAAGCCCGUCAAGGGUCUGGCCGGCGCCACGCUCUGCAACCUGUCCUACGGCCGCAAGGAGGGCUCGAGCAGAUCGUUCAACCGCAUGGGAUGGUGUAUGACUGAAUACGAUGAAGAAGGCGGCGGCGAUGGCCACGUGCUGUGCAAGGUUUAUCGCUCGUCGUCCUCUCUCGCCAAGGGGAAGUUGAAGUUGAAGCCGUCGUGGACAUCCACCAACCCCACCUCGUCCGAGCAGGCGGCCCAGUGCUCUUCUGCCUCCAAGAGAAAGGCGACGGCCGACCACCCUCAUGCGCGGCCGAGCAAGAUCAGCCACGUGCAGGCCUGCGCCUGCACCAGUAGCUACACCUGCGUCGACCAGGACUUCUAUCAGCAUGUGGAUCAUCAGCUGCAGGAGCCCUUGCUUACUGACGACCAGAUCACGAUGCCAGUGGGCAUAGAUUACGAGUCCCUGUUCCUAGCCGAGGAGGAGCAGGAGCAGGUUCAGCAGCAGAACACCAUGGUGACAGCCGAGGUGGAUCAGUUUCAGCAGAACACACUGGUGACCACAGCCGAGGAGCAGCAGCUUCAGCUGAACACUAUGGACGGCUUGUUGGGCGAUCAGGGGUACCACGAGGACGGUAGCUGCUCCGCGAACACCCAGUUCACCAUGGACCAGUUUCUGGAGAACAUUCAGUUCACCAUGGAGGAGUUGAUGGGCGGCCCGGUCUAUGGCGAGUACGGUGGCUGCUCCCCAAACACCCAGUUCACCAUGGACGAGAUGUUCAGCAGAUGCUGCGGCCCGCCGACAGCAGUGGCACCGAUGGAUGCUGGCUUCUUUGACGGCCUCGCCUUCUGA